AGCGUGCGCGCCAGCACCGCCGGGCUCGUUCCCGUCGUAGGCGUUUCCCGACCCGGGCGACGUGGGAGAUCCCCGCGACCACUCCCCGGGCUCGCUCUGCAGUUUCCGGGACCCGCCUCUCGGCGAACGCCGCGCACUUCCGCGUUUCUAUGGUAUUGACUUCCGCCGCGAGCCAAACCUCGCGAUACUUCGGCGGCGCAGCAAUGGCGAGACCAUGCCGCGUCACUGCUCCGCCGCCGGCUGCUGCACACGGGACACGCGCGAGACGCGCAACCGCGGCAUCUCUUUCCACAGGCUCCCCAAGAAGGACAAUCCAAGGCGGGGCUUGUGGCUGGCCAACUGCCAGCGGCUGGACCCCAGCGGCCAGGGCCUGUGGGACCCGGCGUCCGAGUACAUCUACUUCUGCUCCAAGCACUUCGAGGAGAACUGCUUUGAACUGGUGGGAAUCAGUGGGUAUCACAGGCUGAAGGAGGGAGCAGUUCCGACGAUAUUUGAGUCUUUUUCCAAGUUGCGUCGAACAACCAAGACCAAGGGGCACAGUUACCCCCCUAGCCCCCCUGACGUCAGCCGGCUCCGGCGAUGCAGGAAGCGCUGCUCUGAGGGCCGAGGGCCCACAACUCCAUUUUGCCCACCUCCACCUGCUGACAUCACCUGCUUUCCUGUGGAAGAGGCCUCAGCACCUGCCGCCUUGCCUGCCUCCCCCACCGGGAGGCUGGAGCCUGGCCUCAGCAGCCCCUUCUCAGACCUCCUGGGGCCCCUGGGUGCCCAGGCAGAUGAAGCAGGCUGCAGCACCCAGCCUUCACCUGAGCGGGAGCCAGAGCGACAGCCGUCUCCGCUGGAGCCGAGGCCCAUCUCACCCUCAGCCUACAUGCUGCGCCUCCCUCCGCCCGCUGGAGCCUACAUCCAGAAUGAGCACAGCUACCAGGUGGGCAGCGCCCUGCUCUGGAAGCGGCGGGCUGAGGCUGCACUCGAUGCCCUGGACAAGGCCCAGCGCCAGCUGCAGGCCUGCAAGCGGCGGGAGCAGCGGCUGCGGCUGCGGCUGACCAAGCUGCAGCAGGAGCGGGCACGGGAAAAGCGGGCACAGGCCGAUGCCCGCCAGACUCUGAAGGAGCACGUGCAGGACUUUGCCAUGCAGCUGAGCAGCAGCAUGGCCUGAGUGAGGGCCGCCCGGCAGGGCCUCAGCCUCUUUCUCCCUCAGUAUCCACCUUGAGAGGAUCUGAUCUGAGCUGCGUCCACCAGCCCUGCCAGAUGCCAUAAUAAAGUGGAUUCUAGAAAGAAGCGCUGCUCUCUGGCUCAGCUGGGGGCUGGGGCCCUUCCCCUGGGUACCAGGCCCGUUUCCCCAGAUUGGCUGUAGCACCCGAAGGGCUCAGGCCCUGCAGUCCAAGCCCUUGGCUGUGGAGAGCAGAAAGCCCUCACUAUAUAGCUCUGUGUCCGUGUACUGUACAGGGCUCUCUGAGAGAUCGUGUGAGUAGAGGUUCGGGGGCAAUACUGGGCACCCUUUCCUUGGUACCUGAAACAGCCUUGACUUAGCCAGCUGGUCUCUGAAGACACCCAUGAAACCCAGGCCAGGCUCAGUUCUUUUUCAGGGAAACAACAGGCUUCCGUCCCCAGAUCCAAUCUGCCCAGCAGUCAGACCUGGCAUGAGCUCCAGCUGCUGGUCAGCCCCCCACUCACCACCAGGCCUGUCCCAUCUGAAAAACGGACAAGAAAGGCAAUUACUGACCUGAGGUUGCUAUGCUUGGCAAGUAGUGAGGGCCCCACAGUGACCAUUCUGAUCCCCAGAGGUCUGGGAUGAGGCGUGUGGGGAGCAGAGGGCCAGGCACUUGGGCAGCAGUCCUGGUGUCACCUCUGUCCUCAUUUUCCUUCAGUUCACCUGGAACGUGGCAGGCCUCCCUGCAUCUGUGAUCAGCAGCUCCGUGUGUGAGGCACUUAACCACACACUUGACCUCCCUGCUGGGCCUCAGCCACAGCAGCCCCAAGAGCACCG